UGAUUCCUCCAUGUGUAUGCCGAAAAAGAAAGAUGGCGGCGGAGAUUUUGUACACAAUCCACGUUUAUGUCUUAUUUUUGCUUUUAACGGUUCGGUUUUCUUCUAGUUUUAUCCGCAAUGGUGAUAACUACCGUCGGAAUGUAUCCCUGGAGCUGAACCCUGGUCUGAACUCCUUGCUGACACCGCUGGCCCCUGGUGUUGGCUUGCUCCAUGUGCGGGCGGUCGGCAAAAACAACACACUGCAUUACCUCCUCUGCAGCCAGGGGGCGCCCGCGUUACUACUGGUGCACACAAGCUCCAUUUCAUCCAAGGUGGAGGUAGACUGGCCUGCCUUCCUCAUGCAAAAUACCACAGGCAGCCUGAAAGUGACUCCAGAGAGCAGUGUUCUGUACAGCAACGCACUUGUCUUUACCAGGCUGUGGGAGUAUGACGAUGUCAACGACACAGCUGACCCUGAGCACCUACCCCCCUCCAGCUUUUUCCAGCCCUACGAGCUGCAGAAUUUCACCUGGGACGACCUGAACAAGACAUUGGACCACACAGGCCACACCGCCCUGCUUUGUGGAAGAGACGCCAGCGAGAGCUUCAGCAAUGGCUCGCUCUGUCUGAAGUUCUCAGCCUUUGAUGUUGAGGGGCGUGACCAAGGCUGGCCCAGUCUCCUCCACAACGCUAACUCCUCCCAGCUGAGGGUGGGGCUGGACGGCGUGGCCCCGAGGUCCAAUCGCUCCCGCUUUUCCCUAGAGCUACAGGCCGUGGGAAACACCCAGCCCAUGAGCAGAGUGGACAUGCUCCGGUCAAUAGAUGACGAAUACACACCCUCCAUAUUCAAGGUAUCUCAGUGGGUGUCCUCUCCAGUCAACUCCACCUCCCCUGUUCUUGGCUACGCCCAAUGGAAGCCCGUGGCCUACCGCAGGCCAUCGCCUGUCUUUGAGGAUGCCACUCCCUGCCGGCACUCAACGCCUGUCCCUGUAGCCCAGCUUCCCCCCUCCGGCCUGGUGCGGGCUUAUUUUGGAGGGGAGCACCAGACCACCGGGCUCAACAUGACCUUCAGUAUCACUGGAGACCCAUUCUACAACACCACCAACUACCUUAGCUGGACUGUGUUGGUGGGACUGGGCUCUCCUCCUGUGGACUUGUUUUCUCCUCUGGUUCUGGUCAUCAUGGUGGUGGGACUGGGCACUCCAAUGUUGAUCAUCCUGCUGGGCGGGGUGUGUGUGUCCGUCCGCAAGAACAGGCCCCAAAUGCAGGUUUACGAGCCAAUCCAGGCCAAGCCAGGAUAUGUGUCCCACCUUUAACCAAUGAACAGAGACAUCUCUGGGCACAAUUUUUCAAAAGAUAUCUGGAUUUACUCUAUCAGAUACGAUUAAAUGCAUAGAGAAAGUGUCCGGCGGGUGUCAAUCUUUUUUAAAUGAGGUGCACUGAUACAUGUGGAUUACAUCACUUGCACGGAGCUCUGUCCAAUACGGCCAUCCAUUGUUGGCACAAUCAACCAAUAAGUCUUUGACAGAAACUCAUUUCUAACCACUGGCAUAAUUUGGGAAUGGGCUGAAUCAUCCUGUGGACGAGAGCCAAUUUAUGAGUGCGUUUAUUUGUGCUUGUGAAUGCCAAAGGCUCCCAUCUCAACCCUAACAUUCCAUGUGAGCAUUUUUAUAGGGCAAAUUGUGAAAAGGCGUCUUACUGUAGUUGUACUUUAUUAUUAUAAUUAUUUUAAACUCAUGAUUAAGUACACACGUUCAGUUCUGUGUAAAACAGUAUAUUAUCUUAUCAUUGUUGCUCAACAAACAGUACACAAUGACAUGUUACACUGAAGCUGUCUGUUUGGCACUGCCAAGAUAGGAUAUACUGACCUGACAUGGGUCCUACACUGUCUAAUGAUCGACUCACGCACAUAUAAAUAUCUGACGACAUUAGAAGAGUCAGAAGGGAGCAGGUUUUUUUUCAAACACUGAUCUGAGGUCAGUUUUUAUUGUAAUGGUUUAAUAAUUGGUGAAGAUAAGCUAAUCUUGGAUCUACACCUGAAGGAGACCCACACCUGGAGCAGUGAGAGGAAAAUAAAUCUCAGGGAAGAACCUUAUAGAAACAAGGUUUGUUGCUUUCUUUCCCAACCCCCUGGAUGUUAUUCUUUGGGGAAAUGGGAAGCAUAGUUUGGGUCCAUGUGCUCUUCAAAGUAAACUGAAAUGUGAUCAUUCUAAAAUGUUUUAGGCUUGUUUUAAAUGAUUGAUUAAUGUUUAUUUGAGCUUCAAUGUGUCAGCUAAAUUAAGUUAGAAAUCGGUAUGGGGUUAAAUGUUUUGUAUGAUCUUGUAAUUAAUGUUACUUUGACACCCAGUGUUUAUUGUUGCCACACAAAAGAAAAUGGUCAAACUUCUCCUUUGGAAUGAAUUUAAAACAUGCUUCAUAAUCAGGUUGUAAUCAGAGUAAAUGACCUUGUGGAGUUUUUACCUGUGUUUUUCAAUUAGGCAACAAUAUGUUACCUUAAUUUCAGAGCUAAACGCAAAAUGUAAUGCAAAAACACCAGUACCUGAAAUAUUAUUAUGCAAUCUAAUACACAGGUCAUUUUUUUUAUUUUGAGGAGAAUUUACCUUUAAAUUAACUGAAUGGUAAUGUAUUGCCUCAAUCCAUACAAUUGUCUUUAAAAAAAAAGAAGAAGAAAUGGAUAGGCAAGUUAUUUACUGCUCAUUUAUUUUCUUUGUUAAACAAGGUCUGGUACAGAAAUGUCAACAUGUUUUAAAAAAGCAACAAGGACCUCUAAAUAUAACUGGUUUCUUGGCCACAUUUUAUAUACACAAUAUUGUUAUGAUUAUAUAUUUUUUUUUCCAUCUCUACAAGAGAUGGGAAAAGGCAGGCUGUUAGAAUGUACAUAAUUGUAUUACAAAAUAUAUAAUUUCUUUACAAACUACA